CUUAAGGCAAGUAUUUGGCAAACACCCCAAUAAACCUUUUUGUAAUUCAACCAUUCCCGUUUGAACCGCAAAACACUUCCCUUUCCCCCCACCUACGGCCCGGCCGCCGCCGCCGAUUAUAACAAAAUCCAGCGAUUUUUCUGGAAGAUAUAUUUUGGCUCCUUCAAAUUCGGCAACGUUACGUGUUUAUAUCGGUUUCCAUGUGGUUUUGUUUCCUCGCAAGCUUUUCUCUUGAAUGCAUAAGCUGCAACAUUGAUUCAAUGUUAUGCUGCUCUUGAUUAGCCUCGUGGAGAUAACUCAAGACUCCAUAGAAGAAGAUGAUGAUGAUGGCCAGCCAUCUACAGUAGUAUCUAAAAAGAAACAAAACAAUGGCAUUGAAAAAUAAAGUGCAAAGUAUCGUAGUUUCCUGGUGGAGAAAGAAUCCCCUAUUGCUAUCCACCUCAAGGACGCUAAAUACCUCUGCAACUGGUUAUGAUAACCAAAUCCUCAAGUCUCCUCCUCUUGUUUCCCUAGAUUUCCCUGAUGUAUGGACUUCUAGUUCUACCAAUUAUAACCCUCCAUCGAUCCACAAACUCGGUAGUGAUGAGAAGGAGAUUGCUAGAGUGAUCGAUGGAAAACAAAUUGCAGAGGAAAUUAUAUCAGCAGUGGGUGUUGAGGUAAGAAGAAUGAAGAACACAAUUGGUGAGGUUCCUGGAUUGGGUGUGAUUUUGGUAGGGGAGAGGAGGGAUUCCCUAACAUAUGUUCGUAACAAGAUGAAAGCAUGUGAGGAGGCUGGAUUCAAGUUUGACUUGACUCAAUUUUCAGAUAAGUGUAAUGAAGAUGAAGUGAUUGAUGCUAUAAUGAGGUUUAACACAGAUCCAUCUUUUCAUGGUAUCCUCGUGCAGCUUCCUCUUCCUCAGCAUCUAAAGGAAGAGAAGAUUUUGGGUGUGUUGAGACUGGAAAAGGAUGUGGAUGGUUUUCAUCCAAUGAACAUGGGACACCUGGCGAUGAGGGGAAGGGAACCGUUAUUCAUCCCAUGCACUCCGAAGGGUUGUGUUGAGCUAUUGAUCAGAUCAGGUGUGGAGAUAAUGGGAAAGAAUGCUGUCGUCAUUGGUAGAAGCAACAUUGUAGGUUUACCCGUGUCCUUGCUGUUACAGAGGCAUAAUGCAACUGUUAGUGUUGUUAAUGAAUCAACAUCAAACCCUGAAGAAAUAACACGAGAGGCUGACAUUGUGGUGAGUGCGGUUGGAAUACCUAAUUUGGUGCGUGGAGACUGGAUCAAACCUGGUGCUGUUGUUGUUGAUGUUGGAACUCAUCCUGUUGAGGAGGAGGGGGGUUGUGAGGAAGGAGGUUAUCGGUUAAUAGGAGAUGUGUGCUUUGAGGAAGCAUCAAGGGUAGCUUCGUCAAUUACUCCUGUGCCAGGUGGAGUGGGCCCCAUGACUGUUGCCAUGUUGCUUUGCAAUACCCUUCAGUCAGCUGCACGUAAAUACAAUUUUGUUUGACGAGUUGGUGUUUGGGUUCACAUUUUAGGGGCUUAAGAUAAAAAAGGUUUAUGUAUGUUGUUUAAUUAUUGCAAAAUGUAUAUUCCAUAAUGGUUUUGGUUUAAAUUAGGGAAGAUUAGAAUUUGUUUUAAUGGUUAGUGCA